AAUUUGACCGCAAACCUGCUGUCUAGCCCCGUGCGAAACGCGGCAAGCGUGUUUCCACUGUUGCCAUCUUGCCAUCUUUCCCGGCCCAUUCCCCUCUUCUCUUCUUCUCAGUCCUCGUGCAUUUCUUUGUAUUCCCUUCAGUCUGUCGCUUCGACCCUAAUUUCCCUAUACGCGACCAGCACGCGAGCGCCCCUUGGUCUUCGGCCCCUGCCACCACCACAACACCACCAAGAUGGUGCACCAACGCGCAUCCCAGCGGGCUCUCCUGCUGAGCGCGACACUCGGUCUCGCCAAUGCAUUCGCUCUUCCAGAGCCGACAGCUGUCCCCGCCAAGGUCGAAGUGCGCGCGCCUGUUGUGACUCCCGCGCCGAUCCGGUUCGUAGGGCGGCAUAGCUACGUGGAGAAGAGGAACAUCAUCGACGAUAUCAAGAGCGGCGUGGACAACUACGCAGCCUCGAUAGGCAGCGUGCUGGGAACUGACCUGCCCAGCUUCUUCACAGAGGGCAUCCCCGGCUGGUUCGAAGGCCUCCCCACCGGCAAAGAAGUCUUGUCAAGCCUCGGCAUUGGUGAUGACGACUUGGCUGCGAAGCCCACCGAAGUCCUCAACAUCCCUCCCUAUGCCAACUGGACCGACCAGGGCUGGAACGUGCGCUUCCACGGCAAUGUCUACAAGUUCCCGGAUAUCAGCCAGGACAAGGUCGACGACUUGGCCAACGUCUUCCUCAUCGACACCAGCGUUGCCGACCUGCCCGAUAACCAGAAGGAGCAGGCACGCAACCUGACACGAUCCAUUUUCAUUGUCCAGCAAGGCGACGUCAAUGUCUCCAUGUCGCUCGAGCCCGCGCCCAUGCAGGGUGGUGACGGCGAGCCCGGCGGCGGCAACUCCAUCGAGGCUCCCGGCGGCGUCCAGAACCUCACUCUCCCCUACGAGACUACCGAUCAAGGCGACUUUGACGUCUUCGUGCCGAUCCAGUCCAAUGGCCUCCUUCCCGGUAACGAGACUAACAACGUCCAGCGCCUGAACGUCUACACCAACGGCACCAUGAGCGGCAAUGCUACUGCCUUCCUUGUGCCUUCCGAGGGCAUCACCUUCAUCUCUGACAUAGACGACAUCCUACGUGUCACUAAGAUCUACGACCCCAAGGAAGGCCUCCUCAACUCCUUCGCCCGCCCCUUCACCCCCUGGAUGAACAUGCCCGACAUCUACGCAAACUGGUCCCGCACCCUCCCCAACAACACUCACUUCCACUACCUGACCACAACCCCUGAGCAAGCGACCCGCCUCUACAUGGACUUCAUCUACAAAACCUACCCCGGCGGCUCCUUCGACACGCGCCCGUUGAACUUCUCAGACGUAUCCGCCACCCUCUCCAUCCGCAAAUUCCUCCUCACCAAAGUCUUCGAGACUUUCCCCACUCGCAAAUUCGUCCUCGUCGCCGAUACUUCAAACAGCGAUGUCAUGAAGGCUUACCCCGAGCUCGCUCACGACUACCCCAAUCAAGUCCAAUGUAUUUUCCUCCGCAACACAUCCGCUACCGAUAGCGACAUGUGGUUCCCGUACAACACCGAGGGCUUCAAGGGCCUCAACAACAGGAGCUACAUGUUCUUCCGCGAGCCGAAUGAUCUGACUGGUUUGGAUAUCGUCAACGGACAGUGUCUGAACGAGUCGAUACCCCAAAACGUUACCUUUUCAAGGCAAGCAGAGAUUCUGGGAAUUCAUGGCGAUAGUGCGGGUGGGAAGCUGCAGAGCGGUGCGACAAUUAGCUUUGUUGUUGCGUUGUUCGCUGCUGUUGCGUUGUCUUUGUAGGAGACAAUGGAUAAUUGAAGGGCAUGAGUACAUACGAAGCAUGGUGUUGUUGGAUUUGAAUUCAAAUAAUUUGGGUUUUGGCAUAGCGGCAUGGUCCGCGUUGUUUUGGAUUUCCUUGUGCAUAGUAUUUUUUUUCUGUUCAUACAAUUAUAAGAUUGUUAC